AUGACGUUAAAGACUGGACAAGAUACUUGGACAGACGAAAGGAUCGAAACAACGGUUACAAUACAAUUUGCAUACUCACAUCUAGGAGAAGCUGCGCAAGAGGUCGUUCCCGAAUGCGCCAACUCGCUAAGAUAUACUUACGCUCAGCGUAUCGUUUCAAAGACAAAACGACUGUUUCUGAUAUUGAUUGAUCUUGGUGUCCCUGAACAGAUCUUCCGACUCAUCGACGAGUACUACGAUGAUGAUUUCCUUCCCUUUACAGAAGAUGAGGUAUCUUCUCUGAGGCUAUCUCGCAACGGUGGUCGUGCUCUUGAUCAGUUGUUCUUCCGUCAACAAUUCAAGUACAUGGUGCGAGUCUUACGUGAGGGAGAACACAUUCGCUAUGCUGAGGUAGAGUUUGUGCCAAUCCAACCUAUUGAGCAAAAAUCGAUUAGCACUGUGAGUGAACAUGAGGCAGUGCAACUGCCUACACCAGUCAACAGGGUCCUGGUUCGCCGAGAAUUCUCAUUGAAGAGAAAACAGAAAGAGCUCGAUUUACUGUCUGAAAUAGCAGGUGCGAAGCCUCUCAGUCACGAACACGUUCUAUCUAUCUUCGGAUCAUAUACUCAGCAUGAUCGUAUGUUUGUACUUCUAGCUCCUGUGACAAAGCAUGUCUUGAAGAGCUUUCUGAGCGAUACACCUAAAGCUUUUGAAGCACUACCCAAAUACGAGCGACGAAAACACCUGCUUACGUGGCCACAUUGCCUUGCUAACGCGCUUGCCUGGCUGCAUCAUCAUGGCGCUUAUCAUGGAGCUGUUCGACCAUCUCGAAUUUGCAUCGAUGAGUACCAUCAAAUAAGUCUUGGACAAUUUGAAGGUGACUGGUUACUUGGCACCCCUACAUCGAGGGACGAUUUGGAGUCCUAUCAAUAUGCCGCACCAGAGUUCUGGAAAAGAGGCCUGACGGUCAAAAAUGCUGGAUCUGGAUCGGCUUUUUCUUCAGGAAGAUCAGCAGCUGGACGGCUUCCACCACCUCGAUCGCAUGGAUCGUCUGCUCGUGAGAGUGGGCACGAGGAUCCAUCAAUUACGGAUAGAAGUCAUAGCAUGCAAAGCGAAGACAGUGGGUAUGCGUUCGUCCCAGCAUUCAGGGGCAAUCAUUCGAGGCUCAAGCUGACUGCCUACAAUUCUUUAUCCUCGGAUCAGCCUGCACAAAUCAGAAACUUUGAAAGCAGAUUAAAUCAGAGGAACGAAGAGAUCCAUCUGGCGGAUCGACCCAGGCGGACAUUAUCUAGACGACUGGAUAACUUAUCCGUACGAUCGUCAAAUUCGUCGGAGCUUGGGAGACAAUCAGCAAUUCCUAGGAAACCAAUAUACGAUUUGUCUGGGGACACCAAGACCACAAUGGUACAAACCUGGAAAUCUUCUGCGCGGGAUCAGACGGCAGCAGACAUAUUCGGUCUCGCGGCUGUGACGAUGGAUAUUUUCACUGUCAUGUGUGGUCGCACAGUAUCCGCAUUUGCAAAACACAGGUCAAAGAAGAACACGCAAGCAGGCAGAGGUGGAGGGCUUGCUGAUGCCAGUUUUCACGCCAAUUUGUCACAGGUUGCUAGUUGGGCGGAAACGCUGCUCAAAGAUUCAGAGAAGAAGAUGAAAAAGGAGGGAAAUGGGCUGUUUCGAGCCAUUGGACCUAUCUUGGAGAACACCAUCCAAUGCUUCGACCGAGAGCCGGGAAAUCGCAUGCGAGCUAGCGCUCUUUCUGCAACGAUACACAAGCAUCUGUCCUCUUCAGCUGGAAUCACUUAUCCUCAUUGCGCUCUAAGAGUGCCUGAUGAUCGACAAUCAGAAAUUCGAAAAGAAAAAAUUCGGGCCGCCAGUCGAUUGGACUGUCGUGUGCUUGACCCUGAGCAUUCUCUCGCUGAUCAGCAGUCCCGAGUUGCACAGCAAACGCAUGCUGGAAGCCUCAGUAACACAUCUCGAGUGAUGAAUGACGACUAUGAGGAGCAGUAUUUUACAGUCCAGUCUGCUCACGGACGAGCCACCUCAACGAUCCAGCUUCCCCCAGCUGAUCCCAAUCACCGUAUAUACACAGAGCCAAGACAAGAUGAAGAAAGUCUCUCUGAAACUAUGUUUGACUAUUACGAAAGGCAGUGGGUUGGACCUACCGCUUCGCGUAAUACUCGUAUACAGGCUCUACCACCACGAAUACGACUAGACGAAGACAUCGACGAACAGAACGAAGACGAAAACGACAAGCCACAAGACACGUUAUACCCACUCUGUACCACCAGCUCGAAAGCACGUAAUUAUAGCUACGGUCCGAACAUACCAAGUCUGCUCAGCCAUCGGCCCGAAUUACCUGGCACGAUUCCGCUUUUUCCUCCCAGCCUAGAUUACAAGCCUCCGAAUCGUGAUCUACCUGCUCUGCCUACGACGCCUAAUACGAAGAAGUCUCGAAAUGCGGUCAAGUUGCCACUGGCUCCAGGUUCUGCGGACGUCAAUCAGGCGACGCAUGUGCUUGCGCAGACGAUCGGAGGUUUCAAAAGUCGAUAUUCACGGGUGUGA